AACGCAAUUCUAAAAUCAGAGCGUAUUUUUAUAAAGUUCGCUUUGCUAGUGCUGGGAUACCUGUGUUAUAGACACAGACGCCAUUUUGAUGGAAGGCCGAGAACGAGAAAUGAUCGAUGUUACUACCGAUGAUGAUCUUUGAUUCUCGUCCCUCCAAGUAAGUUACAAUGAAGAAAUGGUGGAAAGAGGAGCCCAAAAAAUCAAAAGGAGCAAAAACAAAACGAAGCCCCAGACUUCCACCAAAGUCAUCUGUCUUUUAUGGGAAGCAGAGUAUUAAAAUUGAGGAUGAAGAAGAUGAAGAGGAUGAAGGGAUGUUUGUUUCCCAAAGGGCUGUAUUUUCAUCGUCAGGGACUAAGAGGAAAAAGACGAAUAGGAAAAAGAAGGGAGUGGUCCAUUAUGAUGCUCACAGCAGUGAUGAUGAUGACGACUAUGAUAACAGUUACUUUCCAAUAACAAGAAAAGGACGUGAAAAGUCAUUAAACAAACAGGACAAGCUAUUUCUCCUUCUUCAGUCCAACAGGUUAACCAUUUGGUUUAAUCUUCUCUGCUAUGACCACAACAUCACAACUAUCGAUGAUUUGAAUGAUUUCUUAGAAUCCAGUGAAGAAAAGCCCCCAAUCUUCUUCAAGGACAACAGUUUGGGGUUGAGAAAAGAUCUUGCGGUACAGCAGUAUAUUAGCUUUCCUGACAUUUUAGAAUUACAGGUGGUAAAGCCCAAUGAUUUCAGAGAGCAGUUGCAAUCAAGUGGAAUCCUUGUGAUUAAACGAUCUGCUAUUGAAAUAAAAGAAAAAAUCGCGGAGUACACAGCAUAUUCUGGGACAGUCUACAGAGCAAUUUGGGCAAGGACAGAUGGAAUGCAGUUGGAUGUAUGUAUCCGUUGCCCUAAAGAAGAUGGAGACCAACUCAAUGUGUUUCUGGAAGAGGCCAUUUUCCUGAGUUCCCUAGACCAUGAAAACAUCAUAAAGCUUCAUGGGGUCAUCGUGUUUGGGAAAUAUGUCAAUACUUUAGCCUUGGUUGUAGACUUUGGCGUUCUUGGAAGCCUUUAUGAUCGCAUGGAACCUGGGAAAAUCACAUCCGUUCGCACGAUCUACUCUUAUGCCUGUCAAAUUACCAAAGCAUUGGAAUACUUAGAAGAUCAAAACAAGCCAUUUAAAGCAGUUCUUCCUCCCUUUGUUUAUGUGUUUCCUAAUCAGAAGAUCAAGAUAGGAGGUUUCACCUUCAACUGGUAUCUAGAGCACAGAACAAAGUCCCAUCCUUUUGGAACUGAAGUCGAGUUUCUGGUGGGAACUGAGAGAUAUGACCUCAGGAAAGACCUUGUUUACACCUUCGGUCAGCUCUUACGCAACCUUUAUUGGAGCCUUCCAACUGAUUGGUCAUCUAACAUUGACUAUUUCAAGCCAGCGAGCCCGCGAUACUGGCAAGAGUACAGGUUCCCUGAUACAAUGCGUCACGUGAUAGAACGAUGUACAGAUCCACUAGGACCCAGGCCUAGCAUCAAGGAGUUGGUCGUUAUGCUUGAACAGAGUCGACCAAUGAUUGUAACCGCGACUGCGGACUUUACAGCCCAACUUCCCAUACAAAUGUCUUUCAAGAAGGGGGAAGUGAUAACCGUUAUGUCAUCCCAACCGCGCAAGUUUAUGCCCGAUGACAUGUGGUUCGGCCAAAAGGCGGAUGGUGUGUUUGGUUUUUUCAAUAAGAGAUACACUGACAAGGCAUCGAUAGACGAAACGGAUCAAGUCCCUGCGGAGAUCUUAGCGCGAGGGCCUGAGGCGGAGCAUGCGUACCGAAAGGCGCUGCUGGAAGGCAAGGUCCAGGUUUAUCGCGGGCGCAUCAUGCUGAUUGGUCAAGAUCGCGCGGGAAAGACGAGUCUGAAAAAGUCUCUUCUCGGAAUUCCAUUUGACCCUAGUGAAGUGAGCACCGAGGGAAUUGAGGUGGAUCCAUCUACAUUUGAGGUGGAUGUCGAGCAAGUCAGCCGCUGGCAAAGGUUGUCUGACGAGAUUGAGCCUGGGAGUCAGUCGGAGCGUGCCCUCGUUGCAAUGAUAGUUGAAAAUUUGCGUUCCCUCUUAAUCAACAAAGAAGAGGAGGCAAAACCUGUUGGUGAAGAAGAUCUUUUAUCAAGAAUAGAAAGGGAAGAGGUAUCAGAGGCUUUGGAGGAUGCUUUUAAAGAAUUAAGUCUGGAGAAAUCUGCUGUUCAAGACGAUGCCAAAGUUACUCCAUCGACACCACAACAAGACGAAGAAGAUGGUUCUAAACUCACCGAUCGCAUACAGGUGUCACCAAAUAUCUCAUUGCAGCUAUCAGAGAGGCUUAAGCGACUUAUUGCACAACAUUUAAGGGAUAGUAGUCUAUCAGAAAAACGCAAGGAGACCGUCCUGGACGUGUGGGACUUUGCAGGACAACACUUGUACUACGCCACGCAUCCCGUGUUCUUCUCGUCUAGAGCUGUCUACGUCCUCACGCACAACUUGAGUAAGAACCUGAACGAGAGGGCGGAGCCUUGCAUGCGACAGGGCGUGGCUGAUAUCAAGCUGGACAACGCGAACAAUGAGACGAACCUGGAGAACCUGAUCUCGUGGCUGGUAACGGUCCACUGCAUCCAGAGCCUGGAGGAGCGAGAUGAAGAGGCCGAGCUGCUUUCAGACAAGACAGGCACAACUCGCGCCACUAAAACAAAGUAUCUGCGCCCGCCUGUACUCAUAGUCGGCACACACGCUGACCAACCGUGCGUUCCAGUCAAGCAGGCGCACGCGCUCCUGGCCGAAGAAAUUUGUGGUAAGACAUAUGACGAGCACGUGAUUCGGCCGUUCUUUUCGGUAGACAAUACCAAGUCGUCAGAUGACCAGGGAAUACAGGAUCUAAAAACCAAGAUCGCUCAUGUGCUGGAGUCAGAGCCGUACAUGGGAGAGACGCUACCCGCCAAGUGGUUCAAUUUCGAGAAGGCCAUAGCUGAGCAGAUAGAGCGCAAUGUGUACUUCUUACCCCUGAGCGACGUGCGGCGUAUCGCGCAAACCGAGUGCUUUAUCAUAGACGACCAAGAGGUUAACACCAUGCUGAACUUCUACCACGAUCUGCGGGUGAUCGUCAAGCACGCGGGCACGGUAGUGCUGCAGAGUCAGUGGCUGAUUAAUCUGUUCAAGAAGUUGAUCACAGUACGCACCUUUGACCACAUGGAUCCUAUGCACGCAAAGUACUGGAAGACCCUGGAGAAGACGGGAACCCUGCACCAGUCUCUGAUAGAUCACGUGUUUGGCGAGAUUGUCCCUGGUGACAGCCAGGCGCAGCAGGAUCUCUUAUCCAUGAUGGAACGUUACGGCUUGAUUGCCAGGCUUAACGCACCAGAUGAAAACAGCCAGCAAUCCGUGCAGUACUUCGUCCCGGCUCAACUCACCUCCUCACCCGAGUCUCUGACUAAAGCUUGUCCCAAAGAUGGGGACCCCUGUCCUCUGCUCAUCCACUUUCCGGACGGCUUUGUCCCACAUGGCUUGUUCCCGCAGCUGGUGUCUCGUCUCAUUCGCCAUUUUAAUGAGAUGGGCUUCACAAGGCCGCCAACUCUGUUUCGAAAUGGUGCAGGCUUUGCCAUCGGUGCGAAGAACAGCCACGAUUUGUAUCUCCUCUGUGGUAAACGCUGCAUCAAAGUAAUUCUUACCGCGUUCACUGCUGACAUGUGCGAGCAAGGUCUGGCUGUUCGAGUGCGCAUGCUCCUUGAAGACUCUCUUGAUGAACUGUCACGUGACUGGGACUGGUUAGGACACAUGCGGCAUGAGUUCUGCGUAGAAUGCCUUGCUUGUGCAUCUGAGAAAUGCCAAGAACACGGUAGGACUAGCUGUUGUGACCAGGACUGUGUUCACAUGUUAGUGUGCCUACAUGAUGGUGAGACGCCAUACCGAUGUGAUCGUGUCUUUGGGGACGCUUCAAGGUUCACCGUUCCGGGUCUAAGGCGAUGGUUCAAUGAUGAAGUAGGGACACAGGCUGGCACAGAGUUUGUUAGCAAGAGCGGCCGUCCAACUGUAGAUGACAUGAUCCUCCUGGCCCGAGAAGUUGGCUCCCUGUGGAAAAGACUUGGCCGCGCUCUCGGUCUGGAUGAGCCGGAACUGGAACAGCUCGAAGCCGACAAAACGCAGCUAUACGAGCGUUGCUAUGGUGUUCUUAAGCGCUGGACUGAAAUCCAAGCCUCCGCGGCUACUUACGAGAGUCUGGGUCGAGCUCUCCUGCAUGCGACCGUAAUGAAGAGGGACUUGUAUCUAGAGUUUUGUGUCGCCAAGGAUGAGUCAUGAAAUACGAUGUUUUUACAUCUUCCACUAACGAAUAUUUUUUAAACAUUUUGAAUGAGGUUUAUUUGACCUAAUAAUUUAUUAAUAACAGUAGUUUAUUACAACUUGUUCUCUCUCCUACUGGCACAAGAUAAAGGACCUUGUUAUCAUGUACAUGUCCCAGCAUAUCUGGUUAUAUCGAUUGUCAGUAUAUCCACUUGUGCGCAUUUUUAACAUUGAAAAUGUCCAGGCAGCACGAUUUAGUCAUAUGCGACCUGCUUACGAAAUGUCUUAUCCCUGAAUUAUACACUUCGACUUUCGUAGUUGAGCAUUGUAGCGGAGUCGUAGGCUGAUUUAUACUCUACGACUUGAAGUUGAAGAGGUGUCGCAUAUAACUAAAAAAUCGUGCUGUCUAAGUUAGAGGGCCUGAUAACCACCAAGAAGAAAACAUCCCUACUCGCAAAUUUUAAUCUAGUAUGAUUUUUUUCUACUGUUUUGUAAAGGUUAAUAGUUAUGAGUAAUAAAUGAAUGGGACUUCAGCUUAAACAAAA